AUGUCUUCUCCUAACCCCGAAAAACUGGUUUUAUGGACCAUUGCGUCAACGGCAUUUUUCGGUUUCUUUCGUCUAGGCGAACUCCUCCUACCCUCCUCCGCGGCAUAUGACCCUGCAACCUGCUUGUCCUGGGGGGAUAUUGCCAUCGACAGCAGGGACAACCCGUCAAUGGUACAAGUCCGGCUUCGGAAGUCGAAAUGCGACCAGUUCGGCAAGGGAGCCCAGAUUAUCCUGGGUAACACUGGCACUCGGCUGUGCCCGGUCAGUGCAAUUCUCCGGUAUACGGAAGCCAGGAAGAGCCAACCACAAGGACCUUUCUUCCUUUUAUCUUCUGGUGUCCCUGUGACCAAGAUGUGGUUUACUGCCCAAAUAAGAGACAUUCUCCGACUCCUCGGCCUCCCGCAGGAUGACUACGCCGGCCACAGCUUCCGCAUUGGCGCGGCAACCACAGCAGCCAUGGUGGGAAUCGCUGACUCCUCUAUUCAGACCCUGGGACGGUGGCAGAGCGCUGCCUUUCUCCAGUAUAUUCGAACCCCGGCGAGCCAAUUGGCUUCAUUUGCCCGGACAAUGUCGGCGUCCUCGCCCCCCACGACGGGUGGUCGCUCAGAACCCUGA